AUGGUGUCUCUCGCAGAUCUGCUUCCCCCCGCAAAGGGUAUUUUGCCCUAUUACAUGCUUCUGCUCUCUCUCAUCUCCAUCGGGAAUUCGGCGCAGAACCUCCUGACCCUCCACUACUCGCGCCGCCUCUACGACGGCAAAUACGUUCGCAACACGAAGCUCCCACCCCGCACAGAAACUUUCAACCCAGAGGACUCUGUGAACAAGUUCAUCCCCGCGCCCGCCGGGGCCACGGACGUUACGGACCAGGCGACGCCUCUCGCUGCGCGUUGCUUCGGCACCUGGACGUUCCUCACGAGCAUCGUCCGCCUCUACGCCGCGUACCACCUGCACCACGGUCACAUGUACGACUUGGCCAUCUGGACCUACGUCGUUGCGCUGGGCCAUUUCGCCAGCGAGUUGUUCAUCUUCAAGAGCAUGACUUUCGGUCUGCCUCAAUACUUCCCGUUUACCUUGGCCACCACUGCCUUGAUCUGGAUGCCAUUGGUGCGCGACUUUUACGUUGACAGCCCGUAA